CACUAUAUAAGCAGAUAAAUACCCAUUCAUAAAGAAUCCUUCAAGCAGUUAAAAAGUUCAAAUUGAACAUACUAGAAAGCGUACUUUUCUCAAAUAGCCAGCAAUUCUUAUUCUUACCUUGAUCUUAACUUCCCUAGUAUCAAAGCGGUUAUUCUCUUUUUAUGAUGUGUUGCUUUGGUAUGUCCAGUGGAUCUCCUGCGCUCCACUCACGUCCUCCUGUUCCACCCCGGGUCAUCGCCAUACUUCCCCCCACCUAUCGCUCCAAUUGGAACAUUGCCAGCAUGCCAGUUAUUGUCGAACCAUACAUACACAGAACUAUUGUGCCCACGCCGCAUGGUAUACACCUACCACAUCAAUCUUCGCAUCACCCUUUACAUCAUGGCAAUCCAGGAUACCAAAGGGAACGAAGCUCGUCGCUUCAUCGUGGGCUGAGGAUACAUCAUGCAGAAGUAUCUAGUGGACUUGGUCAUGGAUUGUUUAGGACACAUCAUUAAGGUGGGAAAAGGGGAAGAGUGGACAAGUCGCUUAAGAUGUAAAAG